GUCGGUGUUCCGGGACGGAGACCUACUGUCACAUAUGGUUUGGCCAUUUAUUUCCGCCUCCCAGCUGCGUGGGCCCCAGGUUUUCACUUUCCCUUUGGCCCAGCUCGAUUCUAUCUCCAAAUGUUUACUUUACUUGGAACAAGACGGCUUUUUCUAUUAAGGAUUGAAGUGAGUGAAUUCAGAUAUACUUCAAGCUUGUUAGAGGGCUUAAAAAAAUAAAGAGUUGAUUCAGUGCAUGAAAGCAAGUUAACUACUGCUGCCUGCCGUUCAGAGACUUACAGGUGCUUGCCUGAAUUGCAAUAAAGGACUCAUAUAUUGAGCAAGACUUAUUUAUCUCUUCAUUUUGGAGAGCCUCAUAAACUGUUAUUACAGUUUCUCUACUGACUUUCAAAAAUUUUGAAGUUCGAAAGAGACACCUUUGCAGUUAACAAAGCAUGAGCACGGCCAGAACAGAGAACCCUGUUAUAAUGGGUCUGUCCAGUCAGAAUGGUCAGCUGAGGGGCCCUGUGAAGCCCAGUGGCCCUGGAGGAGGGGGCACACAGACACAGCAACAGAUGAACCAGUUGAAAAACACCAACACAAUCAAUAACGGCACUCAACAGCAAGCACAGAGCAUGACCGCCACUAUUAAACCUGGUGAUGACUGGAAAAAGACUUUAAAACUCCCUCCAAAGGAUCUAAGAAUCAAAACUUCGGAUGUGACCUCCACAAAAGGAAAUGAAUUUGAAGAUUACUGUUUGAAACGGGAGUUGCUAAUGGGAAUUUUUGAAAUGGGUUGGGAAAAGCCGUCUCCUAUUCAGGAGGAGAGCAUUCCCAUUGCUUUAUCUGGUAGGGAUAUCUUAGCUAGAGCAAAAAAUGGAACAGGCAAAAGCGGUGCCUACCUCAUUCCCUUACUUGAACGGCUGGACCUGAAGAAGGACAAUAUUCAAGCAAUGGUGAUUGUUCCCACGAGAGAACUUGCUCUACAGGUCAGUCAAAUUUGCAUCCAGGUCAGCAAACACAUGGGAGGGGCCAAAGUGAUGGCAACCACAGGAGGAACGAAUUUACGGGAUGACAUAAUGAGGCUUGAUGAUACAGUGCAUGUGGUGAUCGCUACCCCUGGCAGAAUCCUGGAUCUUAUCAAGAAAGGAGUAGCGAAGGUUGACCAUGUCCAGAUGAUAGUAUUGGAUGAGGCAGAUAAAUUGUUGUCACAGGAUUUUGUGCAGAUUAUGGAGGAUAUUAUUCUCACACUACCUAAAAAUAGGCAGAUUUUACUAUAUUCUGCUACUUUCCCUCUUAGUGUACAAAAGUUCAUGAAUUCCCAUCUGCAAAAACCCUAUGAGAUUAACCUGAUGGAGGAACUAACUCUGAAGGGAGUAACCCAGUACUACGCAUAUGUAACCGAGCGCCAAAAAGUACACUGCCUCAACACACUUUUCUCCAGGCUUCAGAUAAACCAGUCGAUCAUUUUCUGCAACUCUUCUCAGAGAGUUGAAUUACUGGCUAAGAAGAUUUCUCAGCUGGGUUACUCUUGCUUCUAUAUCCAUGCUAAAAUGAGGCAGGAACAUCGAAAUCGUGUCUUUCAUGAUUUCCGAAAUGGCUUAUGCCGCAAUCUUGUUUGCACUGAUCUGUUUACCCGAGGUAUUGAUAUACAAGCUGUGAAUGUGGUAAUAAACUUUGACUUCCCAAAGCUGGCAGAGACCUAUCUUCAUCGUAUUGGAAGAUCAGGUCGCUUUGGUCAUCUUGGCUUAGCCAUCAACUUGAUCACAUAUGAUGAUCGCUUCAACCUGAAAAGUAUUGAGGAGCAACUGGGCACAGAAAUUAAACCUAUCCCAAGCAACAUUGACAAGAGCCUGUAUGUGGCAGAAUACCACAGCGAGCCUGUAGAAGAUGAGAAGCCUUAAGCACGCUCUGACAGACUGCAAAAGGCUCCUUGGAUCUGUGACACAUCAUUUGGGGGGAUGCUCUUCUCUUUCUGGGUUUUUUCAUCUUUAUUUGGAACUAUGAAGAGUUAUAUAAGAGCUCAGACAUUUUUCUUUUUUUUUUUUUAACUGGUGAAGAGAAACUGAACAGAAGAAAUAGACGUUUUUUGUUCCACUUGUUUGCACUGUGUGCUGACUGAACAUUCGUUGCACUAACUGCUGGUUUUUAAAAAUGUUUUCUGGGGAAAGGGGACAAGGAAGAGGGGAGAAACCCUAAGAAGAGAAGAACCUUGGUGAACGUACCUGUCUGCAAUUCUCCAAUAGCCGACUCUACUGCAUUUCAACUUCUCCCUGAUUAGUCAUCCGUUUCUUAAGCCUGAAGAGCUUAUUACUUAUUUGUGCGAAGUGCCUUAUGCUACGAAACCAUUAAGAAUAUCAUCCUUAUACAAAGCCCAAGGAAUCAACAAAGUCAUGUUCUUUUUUCUUUUUCUUUUUUUCAAUCUUCUUUGCCUCUUCAUUUUUGUUUCAAGUUGAAGUCUCUUCCUGUUCUACCAGUACUCACGCCCAGGGCCGGAAGGUGGACUAGUGAUGUUAGCGCCAUUUUCCUUUUCUUUGUAUGGAGGAGUUGAUUCACAACUGCAGUCCAUCCACACUGUAAAUACAUGUAUUUAAAAAAAACAAUACCAAGUACAAUUUUCUUCUGGGCUGAGCAGACGGACCAUCGUCGCUCCCAAAGGAAAGAGCAGCCUCUCACUGCAGGAGCCAUAUGACAAGCCUCUGUGCUAUACAGCGGAACACUAACCUGGCUCACGCCUCCAUGAGCAGUAUGGCACUUGACAUGGAGACAUGUUGGGGCCUUGGCCCUCUUUCCUCUGUGACAAAGCGCGUCCUGUAGAAAAUUGGAUGUGUAUACUUGUAUAAACUUUGUAAAUAAGUUUUUUUUUUCUGGGUUCAUAUAUAUAGAUAUAUAUAUAUAUAUACAUAUAUAUAUAUUAUUUUUUUCUUUUGGAUGAAGGUUGCUGGGAUUAAGGGGAUUGGAGUGAUUAUGGGAGCAGCUAAAGAUGAGAGGGGCUCAGUUUUCUGCAACACUAAAUUCUUCAAAAGUGCUUUGGCCUCUAACUGUAGAAAGCAGACCUCUGCAGGGCCCUGGUUGGAAGGGGCCCAGAAGCCCAGGAUACACUGCUGCUGCACUGCUCUUGUGAUGCAUUUACAGUGGUUUUAGCAGAAAGCAAGGAAGCAUCAGAAAUCCAAUUCCUGAGGGCUUUGAGAAGCUCUGUGAUUUGGUUCUCCUGCUCUAAAAGUUUGAGGAACUUCCCAAGUUCUGCUCAGGGGAACAAAGAUUGAUCUUCCUUGGAGUGUGAGAAGGGUGUUAAGUGCAGGCUGAGAUCAGAGUGUGUAAAGCAUGCCUUGCAUUUCAGAGGACCAGCCAGUACCAGUUCCGUGGGCUUGGUAGUGUCGGAGCUUAGCUGCUUCAGUCACCUGUGGUGUGGGAGUGAGUUGCCCUCGGCCCACCUCGAUACAUGCACUCUGCAGGAAUGGGCAACCCCCCAAAGCUGUAACUUCCAUGCUGCAGAAAGCCGCUUGCUGUUGUUCUCUGUGCCCUGACGAGAAUGCUGUCUGUCAUUUUGCAUUGUAAAUCGCUGGCAGAUGCUUUUGGUGGGUAGUGUUGCUUUAAAUUGUGCCCCUCCCAACAUGCUUGAUGUUUGGCCUGAUCUCCAGGCAAAAGGAGUGAGAUGAAUCAAACCAGUGAACUUUUUUUUAAAACAAAUGUUUUUAAUUCCCUUUUAACCCAGUAUACUAGGUCAGUCAGGAGGCAUCUAGGGAACAAAAAAAACAAAAAACAAAAUUUAAAAAAAUUGAUUUCCAUAUUCCAUCAUUUUUCAAAACCUUAAAACUAUGACAAGGUAUGUCAUGUGUAUGCUCUCAUGCUUAACUCACCUGAAUAAAGGAAUCAAUUAUUCAAAGUUGCUUUUUGACUUUGCCUAGCUCUAAAGCAAAACUAUGUGACUCACCCCAGAUUCCUUGGGGAUCAAAAUCCUGCAGAUGCCUCCUGAUCAGACAUAACCCCAACUCCGACUCCGUAACAACUGUAGCAAGAGCUGCACAGUACAAACCCCAGAAGGCAAGUCCAGUCCAUGUUGGUUACUAAACAUAAACCAAAUUAAGGAAGUCACUUUUUUAGGGAGGGUGGGGGAGGGGUCUUAAAAAUAUCUCCUUUUGACCAACAAAUCUUGCCCUUGUACUGAUUGAUGCAGCUCUCUUCCUGCCUUUGGCGAGAUGAGGGAUCUUCCAUAUAGAACAUCGGAGGAAAGGAAUAUAAAUGCAAUGUGGUACCUCGCCGAAGGGCAUGUGGGUGAGUCAACAGAAAGAGUGCAGUCUCUUGCCAACCUUGGGCUGCUCUGCCAGGUGCCGCAUGUCUACAGGUCCCUCUUAAAGCACAGACUCCACAUGGAGAGCAUUACUGAUUAUAGCCUCUGAUGAGUUGUGGCACUUGGAUUAGCUGGCACCGCCGCAGGACAUUAGAGAGGCCGCGGUGGGUGUGGUGCUUAGCUCACACGAGCUGGAAAUGGGAAGAUGCCCUACUGACUGGGUCAAAAAGCCUGGUCUCUGUUUUUUGAUUUUGUUUUUGUUUUUUUUGUUGUUGUUGUUGUUUUGUUUUGUUUUGUUUUUUAAUCCCCCUAAUAAGGAACAUCACUACUAUUGGAAAUUGUCUUUCAGGUUCUUUCCAGUGUUUUUUAAAUAGUUUUGUUUUUCUAGUGGUUCAUUUGGAUGGGAGAACUACGUCCUAUUUUGGAUAUUCAGACUAUAUCCACCUCAGUGGUUUUAGCUUCUGGUUAUAUGGUGUGCAAUGGGUUACAAGACUGUUACACACUUGCUGCCUCAGGGCCUGUUUUGUUUUUCUCCCCCUUUAUGUGGAAGGUGCACGAAACUUUCCACUGGGAGUGGAAUAUAUUUACCAUAAAAUAAUUUUUUCUGGAAAGGAUAGCCUAACUAAUUCUAAAUUAUUUCCAAAUGGGUACCACCAUCAUAAUACAGGGUUGAUCCAAAAUGUUGGGGUAGGGUGGGUGGUUGUCAUAGUUCAUGUUCAGAAUGAGAUGAGGGCAUCUUUCCGUGGCCGCUGGCUUUGUGCUGGACACCAUCGUGCUCAGUUAGAGCAGAGCACAGCACAGCACAGAGUUCAGUGGAAGUGUUGGAAACAAAACAUCUCCUUCUGAUCAUUUGACUUUUUUUUU